AUGGCGUCUGCGUGGGACGACCUGCCCGCGUUGGGCGAGCACACGCUGCACGCCCUGGCGCUGUCAUCAGAAACCAGACCCUGCGAGGCCAAUCCAUCCGCCGCAACGCCCGGAUCCGCCAAGCUCACCCAUGACGUCAGACGGCGGGAAGUCACGCCCGCAAAAGGAUGCCCUUCCGCAUUGGGCACCGCGCUCCCGCCCAUAUGCGUCCUUAUUGUCCCGCGCCCCGGCCACACCCACAUGAUAGGCGCUGCGCGAAUGUUCUCCCACACUCUCUCCCCCUCGCAGCCCUGGCGCCGAUCCCGCAUCGAGCCCGUCUUUCUCAUGGCCCUGCCUGGCGCGCACACAUACCCCUCAGCACGCCUCUUCGCUUGCCGUCACCACGUCCGCGCAUUCUCGGUGAUUGCGUGA